AUGAACAAUCUGCCACAAGAAAUUGUCGACGAAAUAUGCAGUUAUAUUCCCAGAGAGGACUUGAAGAAUGUUCUCACCCUCAAUCGCCAGUUUCGCUUUGGCGCAGAGCGAUACUCUGGAUUUUUUGACGAGUAUACUAUCAAGGAAGAUAACAUAGAGUUCCUUUCGCGUUACUCCUGCCAUCGCCUGCUUUACCUCAAGGAAGUCAUCUUCAGGCCAAUACUCCCACCUGUAUUAGAACCGCCAGAGGGCGAAGAGUUACCCUGCCGUGAGAGCGCAGAGGAAAUACGUGAGAAAGAUGAGUCCUUUACUCGCCAGGUUCAACACCUCUUCAACACUCUUAGCCUGUUAGAGCAACAGGCUGGGGAGAUGCAUGCAUCAGGGCGAUACCAGCUUUCUGUCCACAGCCUUGCGCAGGACAUCACAUAUUUUAUAUGGUGUCCACAUCGCUUAUAUGUCAGCUGGCGUGUUCAUCUGCUUACCCUUGAUUUGCCCGAAAUCGCUUCAGUUCAUUCGCUUGAGAUACACAACAAUGGUAACGAUAAGUACCGCGAAUCAAAAUUGGAUCUUCGCGUUAUCAUCGAUCUAGCGGCGAAGUUUCCCAACCUUGAGUAUUUGGGAUGUAAGACGGGCGGAUUUGAAUGGCAUGAAACAGCUGGCGAGAUAGAGCCGGAAACUCACUUCAAGCACGAUUGGGAAGGACCACGUCGCGAUGCGAGACAUGACUUUGCCAACGCUGUAUCAUCGCCAUCCUUUGAGUUUCCAAAAUCACUCACGAGAGCUUCCUUGGAUUUCUUGAACCCAUUGACGCGAGCCGUGGAUAUCUCACAGUCAAGGCCUCUACCAGAUCUAGUGGGGCCAGCAGUCAAAGAUAUGUUCAGCUCAAGCCUGGCUAUUUUAUCAAACAACCUCCAUCAGCUGCACAUAAAAGCCAUGGUUGACGAGAGUCUGUUUUCAAAAGAUGCCAGUACUAGGCCUUGUUGGCCCAAUCUGGAGAUUCUAGAGGUCGUGUUUCACCCAGCACAUCCGAAUGGAUCUUGGUACUUCCACGGCCCGCAAGGUGAAGGUCGCGAUGUGGUAGGCUUCGAAGUCACUGAUGAACAUUACCCGCCGUACGAAAAGACCGAGCUGGAUGAGGAGAUGGAAUAUUUACAUGAUGAGAAGCCCAAUGAAGACCCGCAUGACGGUAAUUCUCAGUACCGCAUCACACCGGAUGAAAAUCGUUUGCGUCCAUUUCUCCAAAGCUUCGCCGAGGCCGCCAUCCAUAUGACAUUUUUGAAGUCAGCCUGCCUCUGGUCACCCCUGAACUGGUCAUCGCGUAGAUUGGAUUGGGCCGUAGGGUUGUGGCGCCCGGAUGCAGAGCUUCACGGCCUGUUUCAAAAGAUUGGGGACGGCAAAUAUGGAGAUGAUCUAGACGAAGAGUGGGUGCUCGGUAAAGGUAGCGAAAAUCCAUUGGUAACGAGAUGGACUAAUGAUCGUUUUUUCUCCGAUGAAUUGCAGCGCAUUACUUUUCCGUACUAA